CGAGUCUCACUGCAUCCACCACUCCCGACUGAGCUUCCGUACUCAACACGACAGUCUUCGUCUUGUCAUCUCAUCACUUAACGACCACAAUGUCCCAUUCUAAACACUCCGAACGCUCCCACUUCGACGGAACCCCCGACGCCGCACCACCACCAGCAACAACGACCACCUAUGUCAUCAUCACAGGCGGAAACGCAGGCCUCGGCUUCUCCACCGCCGACUCCUUGCUCUCAACUGCAACUCCCGCUCAACACCGCUUCCAUAUCACGUUAGCCUGCCGUAACGAAGAGAAAGCAAAGGACGCUGUCCGAAAACUCAGGGACACACACCCGCUUCUGGCUGACUUUGUCGAGUCUAUGAAGUUGGAUUUGGCGGAUUUGGGGAGUGUGAAGAAGUUUGCUGAGGAGUAUGAGGGGAAGGGAUACCCCUUGCACCUGUUAUUGAACAAUGGUGGAAUCUACCCAAGUUCCAAAACCCCCGUCAUCAUCGACGUCCAGGCCCCCAACGUCUCCAAUGUCGCAGUCGCAGAAGGCAGCACUCCCACGAAAACAACACGUCUAGAACAGACCUUUGCAACGAACUAUCUCGGCCACUUCUACCUCACCACCCUCCUCCUCCCCCUCCUCAAACGGACCGCCCGCGAACGCGGCAAGACAACUCGCAUCGUAAACGUCUCCUCCGAGCUGCACCGCUUCGCCCCUUCCGUCGACUUCACCAACCUCGACUACUCAAAAGAUCCAACGGCAUAUAGUAUCCGCGGCAGCUACGCGACGUCCAAACUGGCGAUGAUGUAUGAAACGAUCUUUCUCGCGGGGUGGAUCCCGCCGUUGUCGCCAAAGAUGUCUGAUCACCCGCCUAUCAACGACGCGGGCGUGCCGGCAGCGUCUCCCAAGGGCCCUCCACUCGUCUCCAUCAACUCAUGCACCCCCGGCUUCGUUCCCACGACCCAAAUGGGCAACGACAACUCCCGCUUCAACGCAUUCAUGUCCAAUCAUAUCCUCACCUGGCUGCCGUUUGCAAGGACGAUCGAGCAGGGGACGAGGUGUAUUGUGCUGUGUGCUACGAGCCCACUGACCGGCGAGGGAUCGGGCCACUAUAUGAAGGAUUGCAAGGCGUGUGAGCCGGCGAAAACGUAUUGGGAUGAUUCCAAGUGGGGGGAGUGUUGGAGGUGGAGUUGUGAGGCUUGCGGCUUGGAUCCGGAUGAGACGUUGGAGAUGGUUGAAAGUUGAGUCGACUUGGAAGGGAAGGCCAAAACCUACUUGUACAUAGAGGUCACUCAUUUUAGCAAUUGAAAUAGCAUGAGAGAUACGCGGC